UACUAGGUGCCUACCAUAACGAUACUAGGUGCCUACUAUAACGAUACCAGGUGCCUACUAUAACACAAUGUCGUCUGUGGUGUCUCAAUAUGUUACAAAAAUUAUCUGUGGAAAUCAAGGAUGUUUGGAUUUCAAGCAGCUUGACCAGAUCGUUGGUCAAAAGUUCACUUGUGCAAAUGAGGUCCUACUUGGAAUACUUCGUGACAGCAGAAAAUAUGCCAUCAGUGAAGGCAAAGAAAAGGCUUCGGGUUGUGUUAUGAGCCAGGACAGUGUUAUUGUUGCUAAGACUUCCCUACGAGUCUGUCAAACCUCUCAUAAAGAGUGUCAUCAGUGCGAUAAUUUACACAUAUGCAGCCACUUUGUAUGCGGUAACUGCAAGUACGGGAACAAGUGCAAAAAGGCCCACAGUCUAGAUUGCCCACACAACGCAGCUAUUAUAAGUGAGGUGGGUCACCAUGACCUGGGGGAGGCAGAGCUGUUCCAACUUCUGCUGCAGAAUGACCCCUACCUGAUGCCUGAGAUCUGCUCCCAUUACAACAAGCGCGUUGGUGAGCAUGGCUUCUGCAAGUUUAAAAGCAGCUGCACAAAACUCCACCUCUGCCUGCACUUCCUCCGGGGUGACUGUAGGUUUGGUGCUGGUUGUAAGAGGGCCCACACGUUUGAUGUCCCUGCAAUGAAGAUUCUAAACAGCAGAGGAUUCAGCCAAGAGAACAUCAAGAUCCUCCACAAUAUCUACAAGAAUAAGUUCAUCAUCACUCACCAAGAAAAUCCAGCUGCUGUAGCACCCUCCCUUGCUCCAGUCAUGAAGCCAGUUGAGAAACAUCAGCCCUCCUCCAGCUCCACCAGUGAGACUGACAGGAAUGAAAUCUGCCUCUUCUCCAUCCGCAGUCGCUGCAGCUUCAAAGACACAUGUGUCCGUGUCCACUACCAUCUGCCUUACAAAUGGCAGAUCUUAGAUGGAGUGACUUGGAGAGACCUGGACAAUGUAGAGGAGAUUGAGAAGGCCUACUGUAACCCACAAAAUGACACAAGUGGAGGAAGUAAGCCUGUGAACUUCCUCACCAUGACAUGUGGAAGCCCUCCAGUUCGUCGUCUGUCCACUGUUUCAUCCGUCACCAAACCCCCUUACUUCAUCCUCACAACAGAAUGGCUGUGGUACUGGAGACAUGACUGUGGCCAGUGGAUAGAGUAUGGCCAUGAGGGUGGUGAGGGGAAUGUGACCUCUGUCAAUUCCCAGACCCUGGAGACUGUUUACCAAACUGACUCUGACAGCGAGAUUCCAUUUGAAUCUGGAGAUCAGAAGUACAUUCUCAGUCUCAAAGAGAUGCAUCAGCAGAAUAUUCGAUUUAAAACCAAAAGAGCAAUUUGUAGAAGGCCCUGUUUUAUCUCUAAGGAAGAUGUGAAUGCCAAGCUGAAGAGUGAGUCUAAGGAGAGCUCCAGCUCCUCUGUGACUGUCCCUCCACACUGGGACAAAGGAGUCUUGUCUGACGACACAGACUACAAGCUGGUUCCACUCUCAAGCCAGAUAGAAGAGUACCAAAAGUUGGAGAAGCUAUUCAAAAAUACCAUGGCCAGCAGCACCAUCCACAGCAUCAAACGGAUCCAGAACCCCUCACUCUGGAGGGUAUACCAGUGGCAGAAGGAACAGAUGAUGAAGAAGAAUGGCGGGAAACCGGUUGAUGAGAGAGAAUUGUUCCACGGCACAGAUCACUCUAUCAUAGAUGUCAUCUGUGAACAGAACUUUGACUGGAGGACCUGCGGUGUCAAUGGAACACUUUAUGGCCUAGGGAGCUACUUUGCUAGAGAUGCCUUAUACUCUAACGCGUACAUAAGAUCUCAGAGCAGUAGUAAGAAGAUUAUGUUUGUGGUUCUGGUCUUGGUUGGAGAGUUCACCAAUGGGUGUCGGACAUACCGUCGUCCACCUACGAAAAGCACCAGCAAGGUCCUCUACGACAGUUGUGUCGACUCAGAAAACAACCCAUCCAUUUUUGUUGUGUUUGAGAAACAGCAGAUUUAUCCUGAAUACCUAAUUGAGUACUCCUAAAAAUCCACAGGGGUCCAUACCAAUGUCUUCCACUGAAGACAACUGAUAUUUUGUGACUUGCUAGCAGUCCUCACAUGCUCUACCUACUGUAUUUAUGUUAUUUCUGGGGUAUUUCUUUUAUUAUUUUGGGCUCUUUUAAUCCAUUUCGCCAGUUCAGUGCUAUAGCAUGAUUGAAAUUUAAAGGCAAUGUUCCCACGCUCACAGUCGCUUCUAGUCUGUAUCUUUUUAUGUAUUAUUUCUUACAUUGUUACCCCAGGAAAUCUUAAGUCUUACUACAUACAGCCGGGAAGAACUAUUGGAUAUCAGAGCGACGUCAACUUACCAACAUUACAACCAGGAAUACGACUUUCCCGAAGCGGAUCCUUUGUUCGCACCACCACCUAGGGCAUUUGAUCUGAUCCCAGAGACCGACCCAAAAUAACAUUGCCGCAGAAGAGGUAGACUGAGCGGCCUCCUGGUCAGACGUUAAGGCUUGCACACCACCCACAGUCGUGUAUAUCCUCCCUCAAGCUGAUACCACAACGGCCCUCAAGGAACUUCACUGGACUAUAUGCAAACUUAAAACCAUAUAUCCUGAGGCUGCAUUUAUUGUAGCUGGGGAUUUUAAAAAAGCAAAUGAGAACAAGGCUACCUAAAUUCUAUCAGCAUAUUGAUUGUAGCACUCGUGCGGGCAAUACACUUGGUCACUGCUACUCUAACUUCCGCAAUGCAUACAAGGCCCUCCCUUUGGCAAAUCUGAACAUGACUCCAUUGUGCUCCUCCCGUCUUAUAGGCAGAAACUCAAACAAGAUGUACCCGUGACGAGAACUAUUCAACCUUGGUCUGACCACUCAGGAAUCCACGCUUCAAGAAUGUUUUGAUCACGUGGACUGGGUAAUGUUCGGUGCAGCCUCAGAAUAAUAUACAUUUAUUCGGUGAGUGAGUUUAUAAGGAAGUACAUGUUGUACCCACUGUGACCAUUAAAACCUACCCUACCAGAAAUCCGUGGUUAGAUGGUGGCAUUUGCGCAAAACUAACAUCCCAGUUAACCAUGAAAAGAUGACUGGGACUGUGGCAGAUUACAAACAGUGUAGUUAUUUCCUCCGCAAGGUAAUCAAACAAGCAAAAUGUCGGUAUAGGGACAAAGUGCAGUCGCAAUUCAAUGGCUCAGACACGAGAUGUAUGUGACAGGGUCUACAGGCAAUCACGGACUACAAAAAGAAAACCAGUCACGUCAUGGACACCGUCUUGCUCCCAAACAAACUAAACACCUUUGCCCGCUUUUAGGAUGAUACCAUGCCACCGACACGGCCCGCUACCAAGGACUGCGGGCCCACCCUCUCCUUCUCCGUGGCUGAUGUGAGUAAGACAUUUAAACGUGUUAACCCUUGCAAGGCUGCCAGCCCAGACGGCAUCCCUAGCCGCGUCCUCAGGGCAUGUGGAGACCAGCUUGCUGAUAUGUUUACGGACAUAUUCAAUCUCUCCCUAUACCAGUCUGCUGUCCCCACAUGCUUCAAGAUGGCCACCAUUGUUCCUGUACCCAGAAGGCUCAGCCCCCUCCUGUACUCCCUGUUCACCCAUGACUGCUCGCCUCCAACUCAAUCAAGUUUGCAGACGACACGACAGUAGUGGGCUUGAUUACCAACAAAUACGACACAGCCUACAGGGAGGACGUGAGGGCACUUGGAGUGUGGUGUCAGUAAAGCAACCUCUCACUCAAUGUCAACAUAACAAAGUAGAUGAUCAUGGAUUUCAGGAAACAGCAGAGGGAGCACCCCCUAUCCACAUCAACGGGACAGCAGUGUAGAAAGUGGAACAUUUUAAGUUCCUCUGCGUACUCAUCACUGACAAACUGAAAUGGUCCACCCACACAGACAGUGUGGUGAAGAAGGCGCAACAGCGCCUCUUCAACUUCAGGAGGCUGAAUAAAUUUGGCUUGUCACCUAAAACCCUCACAAACUUGUACAGAUGUACAAUUGAGAGCAUCCUGUUGGGCUGUAUCACCACCACCUUGUAUGGCAACUGCACCGCCCACAAUCACAGGACUCUCCAGAGGGUGGAGCAUCACGCAUCACCGGGGGCAAACUACCUGCCCUUCAGGACACCUACAGCACCCGAUGUCACAGGAAGGCAAAAAAGACCAAGGACAACAAUCACCUUUGCCACUGCCUGUUCACCCCACUACUAUCCAGAAGGCAAGGUCAGUAUAGGUGCAUCAAAGCUGGUCCAUCAGACUGUUAAACAGCCAUCAUUAUCACAGAGGCUGCUGCCUACAUACAGACUUGAAAUCAUUGGCCUCUUUAAUAAAUGGAUCACUAGUCAUUAAUAAUGCCACUUUAAUGUUUACAUAUCUUGCAUUACUCGUGUAUAUACUGUAUUUUAUACCAUCUGUUGCAUCUUGCCUAUGCCGCUCGGUCAUCGCUCAUCCAUAUAUUUGUAUGUGUAUAUAUUCUUAUUCCAUCCCUUUAGAUUUGUGUGUAUUAGGUAGUUGUUGUGGAAUUGUUAGAUAUUACUGCACUGUCGAACCUAGAAGCACAAGCAUUUCGCUACACUCGCAGUAACAUCUGCUAACCAUGUGUAUGUGAUCAAUGAAAUUUGAUUUGCAUUCACAGUAAACGCUGAAUAUGCCGGCUUAAUCGGAAAUGACCUUUUACAUUUAAAUCACGCUAUAGCGCUGAACUUCGGCGAUUGGAAUUGAUCCAGCCCUAAGAUGUUUUACUUUCCUUUUCAGUAAGUCAUGCAUAACAUGGCACAACGGUUGCAGAGGAUUGAGCUCUUUUUAUAUAUUUCAUUUUUUAAAUGUGUGGCAGUCCCACUCCUUACAUAUUUUAUUGGUUGAUGGUACAAUGGCGAGAACACAGGAAAUGAAGGAGAGAGAUGUGAGUCAGAAGGGCAGUGGGUCAGAUUUGAACCCAUGCCCACACAGUAUAUGUGUGCCAGGGUCUACGGCCCUGUAAUCGCAAGAGCAUAGGUAGGUUUUUAUUUGAUUUAAUGGUCAUCGGGUCUUCGAUAUUAAUGUACACAUGGAAAUUCUUACGUCAGAGACAUCAUUGUACGUUUUAUCUCUCUUAUGUAGGUGAAAGCUACAACUUAUUCCUUGAGGUGGAUAUGUUUUUUAAAUUUUGACACUGUACAAACUUAAACGUCUAUAGUAAUGUUAAAUAUCAACUUCUUAAGCUGAGUACUGAAUACCUCUUGUUACAGUCCUGUUAUGCUCUUUUCUUAUGUACACUAUCAACUUAAUAUUUAUCUUUACAAUGAUCUAAAUUGUUACACUGCAAUAAAAUGUCUCUUUACUCAG